GGUGCGGUCCGGUCUGGCAGCUGCCUUCCCUGCCCAUCCCUGGCGCAGUCCCUGCCGCGCCGAGCCGAGCCGGGCCGGGCCGAGGAUGCGCGCUGCCGGCCCGCGGCGUGGGCUGAAGCGAGGAGGGGUCUGCGUGGGGGGCUGAGCGCGGUGGGGCCGUGGGGACGCCGCCAUGGCCAAGCGGGAGGCCAGCGCCAGCCCGGUGGUGCGGCAGAUUGACAAACAGUUCCUGGUGUGCAGCAUCUGUCUCGACCGCUACCGCAACCCCAAGGUGCUGCCCUGCCUGCACACCUUCUGCGAGAGGUGUCUCCAGAACUAUAUCCCGCCCCAGAGCCUGACCCUGUCCUGCCCCGUCUGCCGCCAGACCUCCAUCCUGCCCGAGCGCGGCGUGGCCGCCCUGCAGAACAACUUCUUCAUCACCAACCUGAUGGAGGUGCUGCAGCGGGACCCCGAGAGCUGCGGCCCCCACCCCGGCCGUGGCCUGGACCCCGUCAGCGCCGUCACGGGCCAGCCCCUCUGCUGCCCCAACCAUGAGGGCAAGGUGAUGGAGUUUUACUGCGAGCCGUGCGAGACGGCCAUGUGCCGCGAGUGCACCGAGGGCGAGCACCGGGAGCACGUCACCGUGCCGCUGCGUGACGUGGUGGAGCAGCACAAGGCGGCCCUGCAGCAGCAGCUGGACGCCGUCAGGAGCAGGUUGCCGCAGCUGGCGGCGGCCAUCGGGCUGGUGUCGGAGAUCAGCCAGCAGCUGGUGGAGCGCAAGAACGAGGCGGUGUCGGAGAUCGGCAGCACCUUCGAGGAGCUGGAGACGGCGCUGCGGCAACGCAAGGGGCUGCUGGUGCGGGACCUGGAGGCCACCUGCGGGGCCAAGCAGAAGGUGCUGCAGGCGCAGCUGGACGCCCUGCGCCAGGGCCAGGAGAGCAUCCUCAGCAGCUGCGCCUUCACCGAGCAGGCGCUGCACCACGGCACUGCCACGGAGGUGCUGCUGGUGAAGAAGCAGAUGAGCGAGCGGCUGAGCGAGCUGGCCAGCCAGGAGUUCCCCGAGCACCCCCACGAGAACGCCCAGCUCGACUACGUGGUGGAGACCGAGGGCGUCCGCAAGUCCAUCCUCAACCUGGGCGUGCUGAUCACCACCAGCGCCACGGCCCACAAGACGGUGGCCACGGGCGAGGGGCUGCGGCACGCCGUGGUGGGGCAGCCGUCCUCGCUCAGCGUCACCACCAAGGACAAGGACGGGGAGCUGGUGCGCAGUGGCAGCGCCAGCCUGCGCUUCCAGGUGACGGCGCCGGACGGCGGCGCGGCCGAGGCAGAGGUGCAGGACAACAAGAACGGCACCUACGAGCUGCUCUACACCCCCCGCACCGAGGGCGACUUCCUCCUCUCCAUCCUGCUCUAUGGGCAGCCCAUCCGCGGCAGCCCCUUCCGCGUCCGCGCCGUCAAGGCCUCUGACGUGCCCCCCUCUCCUGACGAUGUCAAGCGCCGCGUCAAGUCUCCCAGCAGCGGGCACAUCCGGCAGAAAGCUGUCCGGCGCCCGUCCAGCAUGUACAGCAGCGGCAAGAAGAAGGAGAACCCCAUCGAGGAUGAGCUCAUCUUCCGUGUGGGUGAGCGGCGGGGGCUCCCCGGGGCAGUGGGGGCUCCCUGGAGUGGUGGGGGACCCCCAGCCCCCCCUGAGCCCCCCAUCUCUGCUGCAGGCAGCCGUGGCCGGGAGAAGGGGGAGUUCACCAACCUCCAGGGCAUCUCCACCUCCAGCAGCGGCCGCAUCGUGGUGGCUGACAGCAAUAAUCAGUGUGUGCAGGUGUUUUCCAACGAGGGGCAGUUCCGGCUGCGGUUCGGGGUGCGGGGCCGCUCCCCUGGCCAGCUCCAGCGCCCGACCGGCGUCACCGUGGACAUGAACGGGGACAUCAUCAUCGCGGACUACGACAACCGCUGGGUCAGCAUCUUCUCCCCCGAGGGCAAGUUCAAGACCAAGAUCGGGGCCGGGCGGCUGAUGGGCCCCAAGGGCGUCGCCGUGGACCGCAACGGCCACAUCAUCGUGGUGGACAACAAGGCCUGCUGCGUCUUCAUCUUCCAGUCCAACGGCAAGCUCGUCACCAAGUUUGGGAGCCGCGGCACGGCCGAGCGGCAGUUUGCAGGUACACUCGAUGGGCCCCAUUUUGUGGCGGUCAACAACAAGAACGAGAUCGUGGUGACCGACUUCCACAACCACUCGGUGAAGGUGUACAACGCGGACGGCGAGUUCCUCUUCAAGUUCGGGUCCCAUGGGGAGGGGAACGGGCAGUUCAACGCCCCCACCGGCGUGGCCGUUGACGCCAACGGCAACAUCAUCGUCGCUGACUGGGGCAACAGCCGCAUCCAGGUCUUCGACAGCUCGGGCUCCUUCCUGUCCUACAUCAACACGGCCGCCGACCCCCUGUACGGGCCGCAGGGCCUGGCCCUCACCUCGGACGGACACGUGGUGGUGGCCGACUCCGGCAACCAUUGCUUCAAGGCCUAUCGCUACCUGCAGUAGCCGCCAUGGGGACGGGGACGGGGAUGCCGCCAGUGCCGCGCCAGGACGGUGCCCGCGGGCCCCCCGGGAGAGUGCCCGCAGCGGGGUGCCCCGAGCGACGGCUGCCCCACAGCCGUCACCGCCCCACAGCUGUCGCUGCCCCACAGCCGUUGCUGCCCCCCAAGCGCCGCCCUGACCUUCAUGUGCACUUUACCCCGGGGGGAUGGCCGGGCCCAGAGUGGGGGUGAGGACGGGUCUGGCUGGGGCAGGGGCUGCCGGGGGGGCCACGGCCGUGCCCUUCCUCCUGCCUCACGGCGGGGCCGGCAGCCCCACUGCCCCUGCUGCUGGGGGUCCUGAAGGUGCAGGGGGGCGAUGAGGGCAUGUGGGGCAGGGGGAGCUGCCAGGCAGGGCUGGGGGCUGCCGGCGCUGCUUGGGGUGGUGGGGUGGCCACGGGGUGGCCAGUCCCGGAGCCCUGUGCCCCACGGGGGCUGCCCCCCACCGGCCGCGCUCCCCAGCAUUGCAGCCCCACUCCCCCGGCUCGAGCCCCGGCCGUGGGGCAACCACGCGUGCCUGCCUGCCCCGUGGCGGGGCUGUGCGGGGCUGCCGCCGCACGCUGACAAACUGUAUGUACAAAAUAAAGUAUUCUGGAAGUA